AUGCUUGUCGAAAUCGCCGUCGCCCUUCUUGUCGGCGUCGGAAUCGUCGCAGCUCCUCCAUCUGCAAGCAUCGUCAAUCGACCCACAUCUGGUCGCUCAUCGCCGUCUGGAUUGAUUCUGUUAGAAGCAUUUAACAUUCCAAAUGGUACGAAAUCGAAGGCGAAGGCGAAGGCAAAAGUGAAGUUUACAGCUGAUGAAGUUCGUAAGAUUCGUCUUUUUAACCUAAUAGGAAAAUCCACAUUGAAUGAUUCCCUUGUGGCUUUUACUGGUAGCAUCCCCGAAGAAGGUGUUGGCGAUUUCACCAUCAAGUCAACCAACACUUCAAUCUACUAUGAAAUGACAGAAUCAGACCUCAAAGCCUUCGAAGGAGAACAUAACGGAAGAAAGUACAUCAUCAAUCUCAUUGACUCACCAGGGCACAUUGAAUUUUCUGGGGAAGUUAAUGCUGCUCUCCGUAUCACCGAUGGCGCUCUUGCUGUUGUUGACUGUAGCGAGGGUGUUUGCAUCCAAACCAAAAACGUCAUUCGCCACGCACUCCUUGAAGGAAUACGGCCCGCGUUGACCGUUAACAAAAUGGAAACAUGUUUCCUUGACUGCGAAGCCGAUAGUGAAGAAGUGUAUAAAACUUUGGAAGGGAUCAUUAAUGAGGUGAAUGCCACCAUUGAUAUCAAUAAGGUCCCGCAGUUAGAUGAUGUCACGGUGAGCCCCGCAAAAGGCAACGUGGCGUUUUCGUCUGGGAUUCAUGGAUGGGCAUUUACGUUGAAAUAUUUCGCGGAAAAGUACGCUCUUGAGUUUGAUGUUGACGUGCCAACGAUGAUGGAGAGACUUUGGGGUGACAACUAUUUUAAUCUGGAAACGCAAACAUGGAGCAAAAAAAGAUACAGUUCUCGCAAUUGCAAACGUGGGUUUGUUCAGUUUUGUUAUAAACCUAUUAUGGCGGUGAUUGGGUAUUGCAUGAAUGACCAGAAGGAUCGGUUAUUGCCUGUAUUGAAAGAACUUGGCGUUACAUUGACGUCUAAAGAGAAAAAAUUGGUGGGCAGAGAAUUGGUGAAAAGUGUUAUGCGGAAGUGGUUUCCCGCUCCUCCCGUUUUACUAAAAAUGAUGGUGUUUCAUUUGCCUUCACCCUGCGUUGCUCAAAAAUACCGUGUGGAGAUUUUGUAUGAAGGUCCUAAAGAUGAUAAGUAUGCUGAGGCAAUUAGAAACUGCGACCCCAAUGGCCCUCUCAUGCUCUAUGUAUCGAAAAUGAUUCCUGCAUCCGAAGACACGGGUCGAUUCUGGGUUCUAGGCCGGGUUUUUGCGGGACGGGUUUCAACCGGUAUGAAGGUCGGGGUAUUGGGAUCUAAUUAUGCUCAACACAAGGAUUUCUCUGUCACUAUUGUGGAAAAAACUGCUAUUUGCAUUGGAAAAAAACAAGGAAUCGUAAAAAAUGUUCCAUGCGGAAACACAGUAUUAAUGUUGCUAGGUUUGGAUCAAUUUAUCACCAAAAAUGCAACUAUAACCUCAGAGAAAGAAACCGAGGCAUACCCGAUGCGCACCAUGAGGUUAUCUGCGGUGCCGGUUGUAUGUGUUGCAGUCCGGUGUAAGGUGGCAUCCGAUCUCCCCAAACUCAUGAGGGGCUUAGAGUGUCUGGCCAAGACAGAUCCCAUCUUUAGUUACACACAAGAUUCUGCUAGACAUGUUAUUUCGUGUGGUGGCGUGCUCCAUUUGAAAAUCUGUUUGGAUGCCUUGAAGGACAGUUUUUUGGACGGGACGGAAAUCGACAUUUCCGCCCCGUUCGUUUCUUUCUCUGAAACGGUUGUUUCAGAGGUAUCACCAAGUGAUGAUGAUAACCUCCUGGGUGUGAGGGCCACACCCCUGGGUGUCAUAAUUACUUAUGCCAUAGAGGACAGGUUGUUUGGUCCCAAUGAUGACCAGGAAGGCUGGGAAGCCUGUACAAAGUACAUGUGUGAAGAACCCAAUUGGGACAAAAAUUUCACAAAACGUAUUUGGUGUUUCGGUGGGACAAAUAUAUUAAUUGGUGGGUGCAAGGAAGCUGAUUACUCUAACGAUUUCAAGAAAGCUGUUAUUGAAGGUUUCCAGCAGGCCUGUAGGGCCGGUGGGUUAGCCGGAGAGACGAUGAGAGGUAUUUGUUUUGAGAUUUUAUGUGAUGACCCAAUGAUGACCCAUGAUCUCGAUCUCGAUGAACUGAUUAUAACUGCUCGGGAUGCAGUUUUGGCUUCUCAACUGACAGCAGGACCAAGACUAAUGGAGCCAAUAUUUUUGGUUGAAAUACAAGCUUAUGAGCAAUCACUUGAGAAGAUAAAAAGUGUGUUUCAACAAAGACGCGGUUGGUUUCGUAAAAUGAGACACAGGACGCUGAGCCGGUGGGUCACCUUUGAGGCAUAUAUUCCCGUAAGAGAAUCAUUCGAGUUAUAUGAUGCUUUCAAGUCUUUAUCAUUGAAGGCUUCCCCACAAUGUGUGUUUAGUCAUUGGGGAAUCAUAGAUUCAGACCCAAUGGAAGAUAAUUCUCUGGCGCAUAAGCUUAUUGAACACAUCCAUGAGAGGAAGGCUUACAUGAGGCAGAUGACACCACCAUAGUCUGUGACUCUGAGGGACUUAUCUCAAUUGAAUGACUCAAUGGUUGUUUCUUUUUUCCUCUAAAUUUGAAGUUUUGACAAGAGAGAAAAAAUUGUAAACUCUCUUUAUAGCUUCAAAGGAUUAGUUGGGAGUUAAUGGAGUAUAUGCCAUUUAUAUAUCUUUCAAAAACCUUGUUUGUUAAGUAGCUCGAUUUUCUCUUACGAAAUAAAAUCAUAUUUGG